GUCAUAUGUAGCUUUAGGUUUAAAGUAGAUAAAACAAAUUUACGAUAUGAAGAUAAUUUUGUGUUUUUGUCCAGAAAAUGUAUUUAAAAUUAUUUCAUUGUUGAUAAGACCUCAUUGUUGAGGGGGCGGUCUUUGAAGUCUGCAGUUUUACGUUUCACUGGGCGUAUGAUUAUCGUUAGUUUUGUUCUCACAAUCCAUCACUAAGCGACUCAGUCAUUGUAGGUUCAUCAUUUGUCGUUUAUGGUUUAAAUAUUCAAAAUGAACAGAAACGGUUUCUUCUUUGUCCUUCUUAUUCUUCACAUUAUUUACAUCAAAGUGAUAGCGGAAAGCAGUUGUAACGAGAACAAAUCACAAAUGGUGCAAUUAAAAAGGCAUCUCCUGUGCGAAUACAAUUCUAAUGUAAGACCAGUCAAAAAUAUUAAGAACAUCACGCGUGUGAAAUUCUUUCUGAACCCAUAUUUUUUUGAAUAUGAACAAGAAACUGAAAUCUUCACGUUGCAUGCGUGGGUGACAAUGAGAUGGAAUGAUUCACAUUUGACAUGGGAUCCUGCACAAUACGAUAACAUCAAAUGGAUAACUGUAUCACGCUAUACUAUUUGGAUGCCUGAUGUGUCGAUACAUAAUGAACGAAUUGGAGAAAGCACAUCGAGAUAUGAGCGUUCAAAGUGUUGGAUCGUAAACCAGGGGAUUGUUGAUUCAUUAACGGCAUCAAAAUAUUCCUUAUCUUGCAUCUCAGAUAACACGUGGUGGCCAUUUAGUAUCCUGAAUUGCACUCUACAAUUCGGAUCGUGGUCACAUUCCGGAGAUGAGAUCGACCUUGUUUCCAGUCAGAAAGAUUUUCCGUCACUGAAAAAUAUACAAUCCAAGAAUGUUGAGUGGGAUUUAAUGAAAUUUUAUAUGACGAGAUGGGAAAAUAAAUACAAAUAUAAUUCGGGUUCGACCAUUAAAAUGCUUUCUUAUCAUUUUAUUCUGAAGCAUCAUUGGAGCAUUGCACACAUUGCGUAUGUAUCGCCUACUAUAGUACUAAUGGUGAUGACUCUAAUCACAUUAUGGCUAGAACCAAAAUCCUUUGAACGUAUGGUGAUUGCUAAUCUUAAUUUUAUUUGUCAUUUAUUAUGUAUCCAAGAUGUGCAUUGGGAAAUGCCAAGGAGUGGCUUUAACACUCCUAAAAUAAUGUUCUUUUAUGAGAGUUCUCUUGGUUUGGCAACGUUUGCUCUUAUUCUCACCAGUGUCUUACGACAUUUGCAAACAUUGACUAUCGAACCACCUGUGUGGAUCUCAACCGGCACGACGUCCAUUUUGCGCAGUCGAGUUGGACGGAUUCUUCUAGUCAGUAUUCUAGAUCCGGUUGUGACAUCCAAACUGGAAGUAGAUGUGGACGACAAUACCGAUCUCGUGCAAUCGGUUAGCGAAAGAUCAUCAUGGAAAUAUAUUAUAGUACUUAUAGGAUGGUUAGCAUUUCUAAGCACAUUUUUCGCCUAUGUUAUACUACUGAGCAUGUAUUUACCUACAUAUUUUGCAACAACGUACUAAUUUUUUAUUACAAAAUAGAAUUUUUGUUACGUGUACGUUGAAAAUGGUGUCUUUUGUGUCACUUUUCUGUGAGUAAAGUCGCGGAAUUCAGCACUUUAAUAUUCUUGCACAGUUCUUAUCCAGAUGAAUCGUGACGAAAAACUUUUCCGCACGUUUAAUUAUUUAUUCGUCUUUACAUCAGUAUACACUGGCGUGUCAUCUCGCGACACGCAUUUAGUGAUUCUCACAGAUAUUACCCAACACUACCGACACUUACCAAUUACUGACAAUGACGAAGUCUUCGGUUUGCCUUUGGCUCGUGCGUCCACGUGCUCCUUGUACUUGUGUACAAAAGGUCGACUUUACGCUCUCGUCACAUAAUGUACUAUCUUUGUAUAACAUUGUUAAGAAUAUUUAUCAUAAUAUUA